GUUGUUAUGACUACGAGGUCGUAAAUCCGCCAUGUUUUCCUCUCUUGUGGCGGCGUUGCGACAGAGACGGAGAAUUCGAACGACAUGAAUGUAGAAAAUAAUCAUACGGCAGAAACAGAAAGGGAGCAAACGACGAACGGCAACGAGACGAUCACCAUUAAGACAACACUGGGAGAUGAAGAUGAAGAUGUGCACAAGUGCGGACGCUGUCAGUCCGAGUUUACCACGUUGGAGGCUUUCAUCCAGCACAAGCUGCAACACAACUGCAAACGGGAGGCGAGCGGCCAGGAGGCCAACCAAGAGGUUGCUGCAGCCAAUGGAAGUUCUUCUUCAGAGGUGAAAACAGCUGAAGGUGCAUCCUCAGAUGAACCAGUGAAGGCCACUAAUGAUGAAAGCAGUGGCAUAUUGGGUCGAGGUCGCAGGAAGAAAAACGUUUUGCUCAAAGUCACUGACCACUCGGAUGGGACGGAAGGAUCUUUAUCUGACAAUGCUGACAGUGACAAGCCUGUUUACAAAGUCAACCAACAAGGACGCUACAUUUGCCAACUUUGUGACAAGACAUUUAAAACAACCAACAUCUUGAGAACUCACUUGAAAACUCACAGUGACCAGAAGAACUUCUCAUGUGACCUAUGUGGGACCUCAUUUCGCACAAAAGGCUCCCUGAUUCGUCACAACCGUCGCCACACAGAUGAGCGGCCGUAUCGCUGUACCCUAUGUGGCCAGUCCUUCAGAGAGUCGGGUGCCCUCACCAGACACCUUAAGGCCCUCACACCCUGCACAGAAAAGAUUCGCUUUGUUCAGUACAAGGAGAUCUUGGUCAGCAAAGAUGGAGUACAAAAAGGAGUCGAAGUGGCUGGGCAGCAGCAGGAGGUAGUGGUUGUGGAGCAACAGCCAGAGGAUCAGGAGAUGGUAGAGGCUCAGACUGCUGUUGUCAGUGUGGUAGAGGCUGGUUCCCAAGAGGUCCUCCAUCAGGUCCACUUCACAAUGGAGGUGAAUGGAACAACGCAGGAGCAACAGGUUGUAGUAGAGCAAUCUCAGGCAGAAGCCCUGGCUGCUGCCGCAGCAGCAGGCAACAACCUCAUCUGCCAGGCCAUUAUCAACUCUGGCAUUGCAUUGGGGACGGAAGAAGCCGUGGUUGAGGAGACCUCGCAGGCAACUGAGGAUAAAAAUAAAGUAGUUUCUGAGUGCCCUGAUGUUGAUGAGAGUAUCACUGAGAUCCAGGUUAAAGAAGAGUUUGUGGAGAUGGAGGCAGAGGAAGCAAGUGAUGGUGAUGAUCAAACAACUUUAAAAUUGCACAUGUGUCCACACUGUAAUCGCUCCUUCAAGGGGCUGAAUUACCUCCGCUUUCAUGUCAAGGGCCAUAUGGGUUACAAGCCUUUUAAGUGCACACUUUGCCAUAAGGAGUUUCUAACUGGUUACCUGCUGAAGAAACACAUGGAAGUCCAUGUCAGUGAGAGGAGGUACAAGUGUGGUGAGUGUGGCAAGCUGUACAAAACCAUUGGGCAUGUACGUGAGCACAUGAGGGCCCACUCAGAUGAAAGACCCUACCGCUGUGCCAGAUGCAACAAGGGGUACAAGACCAAGAAUGCCUUGCAGGUGCAUCAGCGGACCCAUGGUGACGAGAAACCUUAUGUGUGUGAGUUUUGCUUGAGAGGCUUCAGGGAGAAAGGCUCUCUGGUGCGACAUAUCCGCCAUCACACCGGAGAGAAGCCUUUCAAGUGCCCAAAGUGCGGGCGAGGCUUUGCUGAGCACGGAACUCUGAAUCGGCAUAUGCGUGCAAAAGGAGGCUGCCAGAAGGACGAUUCCAAUGAGCAGCAGGAUGCGAUAACAGAGGAGCAGGCGUCGGUGGACAGCCUCACUACAGAAGCCAUAAUCUCAGAGGAUCCUCAUGCUGUCCUGGUAGAAUUCUCCUCAGUGGUGGCAGACACACAGGAAUACAUCAUCAAGACUCAAACAGAGGAGGAGGUGCAGGAGGAAGAGGUUACACUUAUUCAUGACAGCCAAAAUGAGAUGGGAAACCACAUCAUGAAAGUGGUGCAGCGAAUCGUCAGCCAGUCACAUGCCGCCGGCGGCACUGGCAGCCACCAGAUCAUUGUGCGCAAUAUGGCGCUGAACGAGGAGGGCGCAUCCAUCUCUGACUGCGGUGACACCAUCACCAUCGCUACACCCGAGAGCCUGACGGAGCAGGUGGCCAUGACGCUGGCCUCCGCCAUCAGUGACGGCACGCUACUGGCCACGGCGAGCACCGUGGAGACGGCAGACGGAACAGUUACUAUGGUUACCACAGAGGAAGCUGUGGAGGAGGGAAUACAGAUGGUGCAGCAGCAAGAGGAAUAUGUCAUCACCUCCCCAGAGGAGGUGGAGAUUCAGACUGUCAUUGUAUGAUCAAAGAGAAUACUAACUGAAGACUGAUACAUUUGGCUGGACUGUACCUUUAUAGUUUAUAUGAGCCUCAUGUGUGAGAUUUGAUUACAAAACAGGCCAAAGUAUUUAUAAAGUUCAUAAUUACAGAAAUAGAACAACCUUCAAAGAAAAGUCUGUGUGAAACAUCAAGAAUGAGUGUGGACUGGUUCUAUCGUGUAUUUAAUUUCAAAUGAAUUGGUUUACUAAAAUUAAGCAUUUCAUUCAGUAGGUUAGCUGCUUUUUAUCUUUCAGGUGCAUACAAUUUUUAAAAUAAUUACCAAAAUAAUUUAGCAAGGUUUUCAUUUUGAAGGCCUGAACAGAUGGGUUUUUCUUUUUAGGUGGUA